AUGUCCACUGCCGACGAUGCCAAUACACAAGAUGCACGCGCGGAAAACAGGGAGCGGUUUGAGCUUGAGUUAGAAUUUGUUCAGUCCCUCGCAAAUCCCUACUACCUGCAAUCGCUCGCUCAGCAGAAUAUUCUUGACCAACCAGCCUUCGCCAACUUCAUCGAGUAUUUGCAGUAUUGGAGAGAAAAGGAUUAUGCCAGGUUUAUACACUACCCCCACGCGCUGCACCAUCUAGAGCUGCUCCAACAUGGUCGAUUCAGAGCGGAAAUUAAGAAGGACGGAUGGAGGGAGUACCUCAAUCAAAAGCAGUUCGACCACUGGCGUACAUGGUACCAUGAUUGUGCUUCAGUACUGUAUCGACGCAACUGA